GAGGGUACGGAGCCCUGGCGCGCCAGAGGCGAAGCAGAACCCGUACAGGGGGCUUGAGUCCGCGCGCCGGCUGCCCCACCUCUCCCGGCAGCGGGCGGUCCAGCCAGCUGGGAUGCUGCGGCGGCUGCUGCUGCUGUGGCUUUGGGGGCCGCUCAGUGCCCUGGCCCAGGGCGCCCCGGAGGGGACCGCGCCGACCGAGGACAUGGUAGACUUGGAGUUUUACACCAAGCGGCCUCUCCAAAGCGUGAGUCCCUCGUUUCUGUCCAUCACCAUCGACGCCAGCCUAGCCACCGACCCCCGCUUCCUCACCUUCCUGGGCUCUCCUCGGCUCCGAGCUCUGGCUAGAGGCUUAUCUCCUGCAUACUUGAGAUUUGGUGGCACCAAGACUGACUUCCUUAUUUUUGAUCCUGACAAGGAACCGACCUUCGAAGAAAGAAGUUACUGGCAAUCUCAAGUCAACCAUGAUAUGUGCAAGUCUGAGGUGGUCUCUGCUGACGUGCUGAGGAAACUCCAGGUGGAAUGGCCCUUCCAGGAGCUGUUGCUGCUCCGAGAACAGUACCAGAAACAGUUCAAGAACAGCACCUACUCAAGGAGCUCAGUGGACAUGCUCUACAGUUUCGCUAAGUGCUCGAGGUUAGACCUGAUCUUUGGUCUCAAUGCGUUACUACGAACCCCAGACUUGCGGUGGAACAGCUCCAACGCCCAGCUUCUCCUCAACUACUGCUCUUCCAAGGGUUACAACAUCUCCUGGGAACUGGGCAAUGAACCCAACAGUUUCUGGAAGAAAGCUCACAUUCUUGUCGAUGGGUUGCAGUUAGGAGAAGACUUUGUGGAGUUGCAUAAACUUCUACAAAGGUCAGCUUUCCAAAACGCAAAACUCUAUGGUCCUGACAUUGGUCAGCCUCGUGGGAAGACAGUUAAGCUGCUGAGAAGUUUUCUGAAGGCUGGCGGAGAAGUGAUCGACUCUCUUACGUGGCAUCACUACUACUUGAAUGGCCGUGUGGCUACCAAAGAAGAUUUUCUGAGCUCCGAUGUGCUGGACACUUUUAUUCUAUCUGUGAAGAAAAUUCUCAAGGUAACUAAGGAGAUGACGCCCGGCAAGAAGGUCUGGUUGGGGGAGACGAGCUCUGCGUACGGCGGCGGGGCGCCUUUGCUGUCCAACACGUUUGCAGCCGGCUUUAUGUGGCUGGAUAAACUGGGCCUGUCAGCCCAGAUGGGCAUCGAGGUCGUCAUGAGGCAGGUGUUCUUCGGAGCAGGCAACUACCACUUAGUGGAUGAAAACUUCGAGCCACUACCGGAUUACUGGCUCUCUCUUCUGUUCAAGAAAUUGGUAGGUCCCAAGGUGUUAAUGUCAAGAGUGAAAGGCCCAGACAGAAACAAACUGCGAGUGUACGUCCACUGCACUAACGCCUAUCACCCAAGAUAUCAAGAAGGAGAUCUAACUCUGUAUGUCUUGAACCUCCAUAAUGUCACCAAGCACUUGAAGUUACCGUCUCCGUUGUUCAGCAAACCAGUGGAUAAGUAUCUUCUGAAGCCUUUUGGGCCUGAUGGAUUACUUUCCAAAUCUGUGCAACUGAACGGUCAAACCCUGAAGAUGGUGGAUGAGCAGACCCUGCCAGCUCUAACAGAAAAGCCUCUCCCCGAAGGAAGCUCACUAAGCAUGCCUGCCUUUUCCUAUGGGUUUUUUGUCAUAAGAAAUGCCAAAAUUGCUGCUUGUAUAUGAAAAUCAAAGGCAUACAGUACCCCGGGAUGAAAGUGGUCAGGGGUGUCAUUCAUAAGAGUAAAGCAGAACCCUAGCUGUCGGAGGCUGACUCCUGGUCAAGCUCCAGAGCCUCUGGAGGGCGGGGCAGGCUUCAGUGCUGGACCCAGAGCCUCAGAAAGGCGGGGCACGCUUCAGGGUUACAUCCACUGUGGUGUUCUCCUCUAAGUAGACCACUGCAGGUGGUGAGAGUUAGUGGCAAAUGAUUCUUAGCACUUUGCAUGCACUAUUUGGGGGAUUAUUAAAAAUGUAUAGGAAUACCUCCAAUAUGACCAAGAGGCAAAUAAGUGAAGGAUAUGUCCUGAUUUUUUUUAAAGCUUUAUUUGUUAUUAUUUUGAUAAGAAGAUUGUCAAAUACGGCCUUCAGGAGCCUCUGUAGCUGCAGUGGGGGAAGGCGCAUUGCUAUAAAGCCACACUGGCUGCAGAAAGACACCUGCUCACAUUCUGAGAGGAACUGAAACAGAGAAAUGGCCCCUGCGCCUCUUCUCUUUGUUCUUCAUGAGUCUGGGAAAGGACUGGUGGCUUGGUGGAGUGAUAUUGAACAAAGACAAACAAAAGACCAGUCACAGCUGGAGGGAAGGGAUGCAUAGGGUUUGGAGAUGACUGUAAAGGAGACGGUUGGCUGAUUGGGAGAAGUUUCCGGAAACACCUGGUGUCAUCCUCCAUUAGUGUUUACAUUUCUACACCAGUAGUUGUUGCUUUGCUUUGCUUGGAAAGCUUUGGCCUGUGAGGAACAAAAACCUCUAAAUGAGGACAUUUAUAAGCCCACAUAAGAAGCUGUUGAAGUGAGGUAGGGCCCAACAACUGGGCACGUCACCAGGAGUCCAUCGCCUUUCUCCCUCUCCGUCCUGAUGUCUGCGGCACUAGCUCCCUUCUUGGCCUGGUCACAUGAUAGCUGCAACUUGUCCAUAGAUUCAUCAAGAUCUGGCAGCAACCAGAGGAAGAAGAUGAGUGUUCUUCACAGACCUGAAGAGCUCUUUGGAGGUUCCCCCGGCAAGCCUUUCCUCAAGUCUCUUCAAGUCUUACUGGCCACGAAUAGGUCUGUGGUCAUUUCCAUCACUGUCCAUGGGCAGCAGUGCCUGUAACUGUCUUCAAGCAAUACUCCCUUGGGGCAGAGAAGUUUGGUGGGGUUCAUAGAACUAGACAUUUGCUUUUGAUCUGUGGUUUUGAUUACAUAACAAAAUGUGAUCCCCCCUCCCCCAGGAUUUUAAUCCUCUUAAGAAUUGCAAUUCUGUAUGUUUGUGCCUGCUAUGAAUAUUAUCUCUAUUGAAUCUAGUAUGUUGAUGAAGCUAGAACCUAAAAUUUGUAUGCUUCAAUACUCUUCAAUUUUAUGCAGAUAAGUUUUUAUAUUUCCACAUUUGAAAUAAACUAAUUUUAUAGCCUUAA